AUGGGGAGAAAAUGGACAUACUGUGCUGUUUACUCCAUCAUCCAGAUACAGUUUCUCAAGGGAGUAUGGGAAGAAAUAUUCAACGCAGGAGAAGACAUAUAUGCUCCACCCAAUUCUGAUGUCAACUUGACCUGCCAAACAAAGAAGAAUAACUUCUUGGUACAGAUGCAGUGGUCCAAGGUUACUGAUAAAAUUGACCCAAUUGCUGUUUAUCAUCCCCAUUAUGGCUUAUACUGUUUCCUGGGCCAUGCUUGUGAGUCACAGGUGACUUUCAUAGAAACUGCAAAGAACGUAACAAAAUGGACUCUGUACUUAAGGAAUAUCUCUACCACCUUCAGUGGAAAGUAUGAGUGCAGCUUUACUCUGUACCCGGAAGGUAUCCAGACUCGAGUCUACAACCUCAUUGUGGCACCUUAUACACAAGAUGGACGCAGCCAUACAAUAGAAACAGAGGCAAAUCGGACUCUGAAAAUACCAUGCUUUCAAAAUACCUCCUCAGAAACUUCACCUGGCUUCACCUUUUCAUGGUUGGUGGAGAAAGAUGGAGUCCAAGAAGUUCUCUUCACCCACGAUGACUGCAUCAGCAAUUCCACAUCAUUUAAAGGCAGAGUGAAGCUGGGUACAGACUGUGGACUCCACCUCUCCCCAGUCCAAAUCCAAGAUGAUGGCACGACAUUCUCUUGCCACCUGAGAGUCAGUCCUCUGGAAGUCUGGAAGACCUCCACUACAGUCAAGGUUUUCGCUAAGCCAGAAGUCCUCAUGAUUGUGGAGAACACCACUAAGGAUGUCUUAGGAGAGAGAGUAUUUAUCUGCCUACUGAAGAAUGUGUUCCCCAAAGCAAACAUCACCUGGUUAAUAGACGAAAGGUUUCUUCAAGGCGAUGAGGAAGGAAUAUACAUUACGAAUAAUGAGGAAAAGGUUAGAAAUGGAUUUUGGGAACUGAAGUCAGUUUUAACAAGGACCCAUGGUGAUAGACCAGCCCAAUCAAAAAACAUGACCAUUCGUUGUAUGGCUCUGUCCCCGGGCCCCAGAAAUGGAAUGUGGAGUACUUCAUCACAAGCCAUCAUGCUUUCUUUAGAUUCGGUGAAUGUCCCAGUGGAACAUCUAGCCAGUGGAACAGGAUUUACCCUGGGCACACAACCUUUUCCAGAUGACAAGGUGUCUCCUACGAGAUAUCCAGCUAUGUCUUCAAUGACCAGUGCAGAUGGGGAUGUGUCGACACCAGAUGCAACUCCUCAAGCCAGCAAUUCCAGCAUGACUACUAAAGGCUUCGACUAUUCCCAGACAUCCAGUGGGACAGAUGCCAAAAACUCCUCAAGAGCUGGUUCAUCUUCCGACAGUGGAUUUUGGUCUCCUUCCACCUCUCCUCCAGAAUGGUUGUCACUACCUGGUACUUCCACCGGACCUCCGGAGCCAGAUGCCCCAGUUUCAUUGAUACGCAGAGAAAUGCACACUUCAGCCCCCUCAGAGGCAAGCUUGGCUCCUCAUGAUGUCAUCACUAGCACAACCAAAGAUUUUCCAGAUGUCCUUACAAGCGCAAAUGGAAUGACAGAAAAUGACCACAGCCAUAUCACCAGUAUCACCGUUAAUAAGCCCAGAGAUGGAAUGUCCUGGCCUGUGGUUAUAGCAGCUUUGCUGUCUUUCUGCACUAUAUUGUUUGGGCUUGGAGUAAGAAAAUGGUGUCAAUACCAAAAAGAAAUCAUGGAAAGACCCCCACCUUUCAAGCCACCACCUCCUCCCAUCAAGUACAGGUGCAUUCAAGAACCCACUGGACAUGAUCUGCCUUGUCAUGAGAUGGAGGCACUCUGA